AUGACUCCGACAAUCCUGUAUAAUACUCAACAUGUUAUACCAGAUGCGACAAUAUGUGGGUCAUUUCUUUGUUAUAAUCUGGGACGAUGUUACGUUGAUUUACGUGCCUCUUAUUCGCAAUGCUUAUGUCCACUAGGAUUUUCCGGUGACUUGUGUGAUAAAGAGGAUGAUGGAUAUCACCACAGAAGGCAUCAAAAUGCAACAAACUAUUCUCACAUAUAUAAAGUGGACUUUGAAGUACGACCAAAUGUUAGCGAUGGAAGAUACUUAUUAGUUUAUCAUGAGUCAAAAAAAAGAGAUUUCCAGUUUUCACUCAGUAUUGAAAAUGGUUACGUUGUAUACAGGUCUCUAGGAAUCUCUAGGACAAAUUCUGAACCUCAUCGAAAGGAAGAAAUUCAAGAAGUUAAACAUUUCUCAUUGCUAAGCAAGGAGCAAUGGUACUAUAUUUCAUUUGGUGAAACAGUUGAUAGAAAGAGUUUCCUAAGCGUUGAUGGAAUCAAAGAAGAUGCAGUUUAUACGAAAGUUGUUCCAUGGUCGGAUAUUAAUUAUUAUGGACAACAUUUAAAAAAUGGCAAUGAUAUGGAGUUUAGCCACAUUUUCUUUGGUGGACACCCUGAUUUAAUUCAGGCAGGAGGUCCAGUCAGUUUCUUAGGCUAUUCAUUUGAACAAAGCUACAGUGGAUGCAUACAAAAAAUAAGAGUGAAUGGAGUUCAGAUGGAUCCUCGACGUAGAGCCUUCUUUGGAGAUGCUAUUGAUGGAUAUGGGAUGAGUAAUUGUGGUUCUGGAUUGUGCGAAAAGAUGCAGUGUAAAAAUAAUGCAUCUUGUUUACAAACAUCCGGUUCCACUGUGAUCUGUCAGUGUCUUUUGGGAACUGCAGGACCGCAGUGUGAUGAGAGAAUCGAGCUGACCGUGCCAUCCUAUAGUGGGUAUUCAUAUACAGAGUACAUUGGAUUAAGCGGAACGUCAUCAUCAUUCACCACUUUACAAAUCCACUUCAUACCAACGAAACCUGAUGGAUUGCUUUUAUACGAAGGUUAUAGUCUUGAUAGACGUGGAGAUUUCUUGGCUAUUGUCUUAGUUCGUGGUCACAUUUUGGUGGCAUUUGAUUUGGGUUCUGGUUCAGCAUUUUUAGAGAGUCCAAAGUCAAUAAGUAUGAAUGAAUGGCAUAAAAUACAUUUUUGGCGUAUUGGUCGUGAAGGUUACCUUCAAAUUGAUUCAGAUGAACGUAUUAUGACAAAUUACUCAAUCGGUUCGCAGGUUCAACUGACAUUAACCUAUUCUUUAUUCCUCGGUGGCCAUCCAAAUAUCAAUUUUAUAUCAGCUCAUUUAAAACAAUUCAUUGGAUAUUCAAAAAAUUUGAGUAUCGGAUUCCAUGGAUGCAUAGAUAAGGUUGAAACAAAUGGAAUGUUAAUCGAUCCCAUAAGGAAUGCAAUAGGUGGCAUGAAUGUUUGA